AUGGGUAGAUUCGGGUCGCAGACCAGUACCUAUAACAGGCUGGUCAUUAUUUUUGUGGCCAUUGGGUCUAUGACCUAUGGAUAUUGUUCCUCCAUUAUUUCUAGUACGAUCGGCCAGCCGGGGUGGUACGCCUACUUCAACCUCCCAGCCGAUGGCGAGGCAGGAUAUGCCACCAUCACCACCCCCGCGAUUUCAACAGCCAACGGUGUCUUCAGUGCUGGUGGUGCUGUUGGCACAAUCUUUAUAAUGUGGUCGUGUGAUUUCUUUGGUCGAAAGGCGAACAUUCAGUUCGGUGCCUUCUUUGCGCUAUUUGGCGGAGCCCUUCAGGCGGGUUCCAAUUCCCUGGCGUAG